AUGGGGGCUCAGAAAUCAAAAAUUGUUUUUAGACGUGGAAUUUUUCGUCUUUUUGAAGAAAGUAUUCCGGCAGAGAAUGACUAUUGGAAACAGUUUUGGGAGCUUCCGGAAUCAGCAAAUGAUGUUUUUACACUUUUUUCAAGGCAGGACAUUAUACGUAUCCGGGAUUAUUCAGAAACAAAUAUAAAAACAUUAGUUUAUGUAAUUGCAUCUAAACUUGUUUUUAUUAGGGAGAAAAUUGGGGAUCCAGAAAGGAUGAAAGAAGCGUUAAAUUGUCUUCGUAUUAUAACGAGGGUAAUGCCAUUUAUAUAUGAGAAAGAAAGCAUGGAAGAAUGGGAGAAUGAGAUUUUUUGGAGUUAUAGAAGCCGAAAAAAAGAAUUUAAAUGUUAUAGUAAUUUGAAUUUAACGUUAGAAGAAUUAAAUCUUUCUAAGGAAGAAAUUGAUUUUAAAGCGCAUCUUAAAUAUACAGAAAUUAUUUUGAAUGAUGUGUAUGAAAAGGAAAAUGAAUCAGAAUAUGAGAUUUUGAAACCGCUUGCGGAAGAAUUGUUAGAUACACUUAAUGACAUGCUUUUUUUUUCGGGAUUUACGGUUUAUUCAAAAGAAAAUGAUGUUAACAAGAUAACAUAUUCAGUUUGGGAACCGGGUAUUGGUUGUGUGACAUCGAUAAAAGCAACAACAGAAUAUGAAUUAAAUAGGAUAGAGGUAUUGAGAUGUAUUCUUUCAAUUAUUUCGAAAUCAAUUUACUUUUAUCCAAAUAAACAAAAACCUAAUUUAUAUAUUAUUUAUUUGGUGACAAACCCAGAUAAAAGAUUUAUUCUUACUUUUUUAUGUUCUCUUUUAAAUACGGUUAUGAAUUAUAACCUUGAAAAAUGGCGAAUAUUUUAUAAUCAAAUAGUUUCAUUAGAUUCUAAACAAUUACUUGUCUCUUACUGUGUUCAAAUUCUGUUGAUUUUUCUUGACUAUGAAAUUCCUUCAUUACUUGAUAUUGAAAAAAAUCAGACCAGUGAAAUUCCUGUAAAUAAAUAUUGCAUGUAUUUUGGGAAACUUCAUCAUAAAGGCGAUAUAGAAUUUCUUUUUAAUGGAAUUAAUAGGAUUUUAACUCAAUUUCUUCAUAAUGAUUCCUAUUUUCCUGCUAUUGAAAAACAUAUGAAAUAUUGUCCUGAAGUAAUAAUGUUUCUUUGGAAAGUUUUUCAGAUAAAUAAUAGUUUUAAAGAAUAUUUAAUUAAUAGCAAGAAUUCUUUAGAUUAUUUAGUGUUAUUAUUAUCUUAUACACUAGAAUACAGGAAAGAAUUAUCAAAAUUUGGACUUAUACGGAUUUGUAUUUCAAUUUUACAAACAUUAUCUAGAGAAUCAGCUUUUUGCAAAAAAUUAAAUGCAACUUUUGAGCAUUACAAGAUUCUUCCUGUAAACAUAAAAUUAAUUUCUAAAGAUAAUUAUAUGGACUUUAUUAUUAUUUCAAUUUAUAUGCUUAUUACGACUAGCAAAGGUGCUUUAAGCUGUUUGUUUCCUUACAUGCUUUCUAUUCUGAUCAAUAUUGCACCAUAUGCUCAAAAUUUGUCAAUUCUUUCAUGUACAAAGUUGAUGCAGUUAUUUUACUCUUUUUCUUCUUUCAGUUUUUUAUUAGCUAAUGAAAAUAAUCAUAAUUUAUUAAGAAAUCUUCUGGAAGUGUUUAACAGGAUAAUUGAACAUCAGAUGAAAAAAAAUCUACAUUUAAUAUAUGCAAUAUUAAGAUCUUCAGAAAGGUUUGAAUUAUUAAAGAAUUUUACUCUAGAAAAGGCGCUUAUAGAGCUUGAGAAGAACUCUGAAUUUAAAAAAAAUGAAUUGAAUAAUGUUAAAAAUGAUACCAAGGAAUUUCAUAAAGAUAAUACAUGUUUUUCAGAAAAAUCACCUCUCCCUCAAACAUCUUUUCAAGAUAAUAAUCCUUUUGUUAUUGAAGAUGAUGAAUCAAAUAGCCAAGAGACAAAUUCAGAAAAUACUACUGUAACUGAUAAAUUAUCAAAAGGAAAAUCAUCUAUAUCAUUGAUAGGAACAUCAACUUCUGCUUUUGAAUCUCAUAAAAUAAACAAUUCUUUUAUUUCUGAAAAAGCUAAAGGAAAAUUACCUGAACGAUUGAAAUCCUCGUCUGAUUUUACUAAGACUAAUCCAUUUCAUCUUAAUACUUAUACACCCAAAAGUAUCUUAAAAACGAAAGAAAAUUUCACUCCAACAGAGGAUUGGGUAAAAUCAUGGCAUUCUUCCCUUGAUCUUGAUACAAUACUUACUAUAAUAAAACAAUUAAAACCUAAAAUAAACGACAUAGCAUCUUCAACACCAAAUCCUAAUAUUAUUUUAGAAGCUUUAUCUUCUUUAAGUAUUGAUUUUGAUAUAACUGAUACAGAACCUAUACCUUUUAUUUGCAAUGAUCACACUUUAACUAGAAUAGAAGGGCUAUUAUGGGGACAUAUCUAUGUAGCUGAGACUAAUUUUUCUACUGGUGCAAUUGGUAUAUGGACAGGCACAUCUAUUAAAUUAUUUAGAAUCCAAGAAACAAAACAUUCUCCUUCUCUCUUGAGUCCUAAAGGUGCUGUUGAUGCUGUAGCAAAAUCUGUAAUUGACAAAGUUGGAAAUCUCAAUUUUUAUACUAAAAAGUUACAAAACUAG